UCAAGAUUACGUAUGUAGGCCGUAUGUAAGUAUUCAUAAUGCGUGUACGAAGCUUUCUGCCACCACCCUCGACCAAUCAAAUGUACUUCUUCAAGACCAAUGUAAGACAAAGAAGAAUUAUCCAUGACCAUCAAAAAAUAGACAUGCCGACCUCCCCUGUGAAGACACGAAUUCCGCUGACAAGUUUUGGUCAUCUUAUUAGCGAAGUCAAGAGACAGCUCUUUGGGAUUGAUGCACCGACCCCAACAGAACUGACAGGAUGGAGGAAACAUUUUAACAGCUACACAUUACAAGGACGCAGAAAUUUUGUUCUUGCCACAUAUGGUGUUUUUGCACUCACGGCUGCCGUCUACAUGAUGAGACACAGCAGGAAGGAGGAACAUGAAACAGCAUCUGCCUCCUCAUAAACUACAAAUGGAAAGUUAAAGGGGGUUAAGAAUAAAAUAAAUUAUUCUGCAUCACUACAUGAGUGGCCGUGGUUAAUGAAGCUCGUGUUUCUGCAUGUAACUGGUCAGAUGUUUCAUUUUUCUAUCAUGUACACGAUUAUCAUUGAAAAAAAUAUUAAAAUUCCCAAUAAAAUGGGAGUAGUGACAGAACUGUUCCUCUAUACUGUGAUGUACAUCCGAGUGUAACUUGGUUGUAUGCAUCAAGUGUUGAUUGAAUGUUGAAAUGUAAAUGCACUCAUACGUGAAUGCAGAUGAACAUGAGUCUGAAGGACAAGAUUUAGGCAGAUGAAGUCCUGCUUUCGUCACCGAGAGAAAAGUCUAUCGCUUUGGAACAAUACUUCCAUGCCUGAUGUAUGGUAAACAAUAAAACCUAUAACAUCCAUUUAGAAUAUAAUUUCAUGCAGACUAUAAUGUUUUUUAAUCUUGUUGUAGUUGUUUUAAGUCUCUGGUGGUUUGCCAGUAGAGUGCAGUGUAAGCUUAUUGUCAAGUACAUUUCUUGGAAGCCGUUUGCAUGAUCUGUUCUAAAGGCAAAUUUUGUGGUUAUUUUAACAGCUGUUGGUUUUAGGUUAGUGAAACUAGCUGGUCAGAUAGGGAUGUUUUCCUGUAAAAUGAAAUGUUUAGAAAUGAUUUCAGAAAUGACAGUGCUGUUGUAAUGUGUUUUUUUUUUUUCCUUUUUCCCUGCUUUUUGUUUCAGGAUGAUCAUGCCAGUUCAUCGUGAUCAGGUGUCAUUCUGAAAGUGAAUCUUCGUUUAACCUAAUUAUUGUGAAAUCUACACUAUUCCAUUAUUAUGCUAAUCAACAAAUAACUGAAGUACUAUCCAUUUUCUUUAAUACAAUAUGCUUGUUUUCCUCUUUUAGGUGUUAUACUAUACAGUUAUGUCAACCAUGUCUCUCUCUGACUGUCAGUAUUUAAAUUUUUUAUCUUUCAGAUAUUUUCACCUACGUAUGACACGAUCUAUACCUAGGUCAGCUAAAGUGAAACUGAAAUGAAAAAGCAGCUGUGUGCACCAAUGGUGGGAUGUGGUAAAUCUUUUUUUUUUUCCUAUGAAGUUAGAGCAGUAUCCUACUCAACUGUAAAAAUUUAGGUGAUUGUGCAAGCAGUUGAUGUCAGUUGCAUAAGAUCUCUGGUAUUUUGGGGCUCAUCUCAUCAUUUUAAAGGUCCUUCAGGUGAAAAUUCAACUGGAUUCAUCUGCAGUACAGUGCAAGGCGGCACAUAAUCAUUCAUCUAUGAUUUAGGACCAUGGAGGAAUGGUAUGAGUGGGCCCUGAUUCAGAAUGGUCCAGCACAAUGACACUGACCAUGCAGAUGCGCAACAGGGCCCAUCCAAGCCGGCCGAGUCCCCUAAACCCUGUGCUGUCCCACCGACACACUUUCACCCCUUUCGGGACCAGCAGGAAUGUGACCUCAUCACCCAGGCUGUGGAAUACUUGAGGCACAGUGGAUUUUACUGGGGUCCCUUGGAAGUAGAUGAAGCCCACGCUCGACUUGCCAAACUUCCUCUUGGGACAUUUCUGAUCCGGGACAGCAUGCAAGCAAAUGUUUUCUUCACUCUCAGCUAUCAGUCUCCCGAGGGCCCGACCAGUGUGAGGGUGCUCCUGAAGGAUGGGGGAUUCAGUUUAGCGGGCAGUAAACAUACUUUCUCUUGCCUUUUUGACUUACUAGGAUACUAUAUUGCAUCCCCCAAAAAGAGUCUGAGUAUGCCGUAUCGUGGAGAAAUGCCGCAGAGCUUGCAAGAACUGGCGAGAAGAGCUGUGGUGGGGAGUUUUGGGAAAGAUAGUAUUCAACAUCUUCCUGUGAGCAAGAAACUUAAAGAAUUUCUGUGGUUGUACCCUUUUAGUAUAUGAAUGUGUAUAGUUCAUAUGAAGAUGUUACAGAUGUUGCAGCUCUAUAACAAAGUACGAUUUAUUGGAAACAAUACAUUUCAUAUGGUGGGGUCACAUUAGCAAUUUCACUGGGCAAAAACAUGUCCUUUGUUCAUUGUCAAUAAUGGCGAUUUUGCUUAUUACAUUAUUACAAACAACCUGAACAUAACUUUACGGUGGUUGUGCAACAAACUCAAGUCAUGCUGAUUUCUUUUUAAUG